AUGUCUACCACACACCCGACUAAUAUAACGACGGAGUGGGACGACUUGCAGCGCAAGCACGGUAACCUGCCGAAGAUUGACGUCCCCGAAACCAAUGAGGUCCGCGACGCCCGGCUUGUGGAGAUCGCCGAACACGAACUUAUGCGGGAGGCGCGCCUAGAGGCGUGGAAGAAGAAGGUACAAUCGAGGAAGCAAGUUACUUUCGGGGUUCCCGUCAACAUCACCGGGGACAACUUCAUCCGCGAGGUGACAAAUGCAUCGAAGGCAACCGAACCCGCAUCUAAGGACAGUUCUGGGGGCGGAGAUGGAUUUCAAGAUGACUGUGGCCCAAACGCCGAAGCAUCGCAGCCUGAUCUGCUGUCUACUGCUGGGCAGUACAUCCCAGUGCUGCUGGUAGACGAUCGCCAGGAAUCCGUAUAUCUCAGGGAUGCGUGGAAUGAACUCGCUCGCAGACAUCCAACUGUGAAAUUCACAAUCGGGAAUGCUGACCGCGUUCUUCGUGCGGAGGGUAAGGCAGCGAAAGCACCAUCAUCGAUUCUGCUUUAUUUCGGAGGAAAAUGCAUCAUGCAAAAACCUGCAGUUAGCGUGUUCCACGGCAUUACAUACGAUUUCGCGGGGGACAAAGUGGAGUGCCGCAUCGCAUCGACCGUCGAAGCACUUCUGAACAGCGUAGCUGGUCACGGAGCUUUCCUGAGGCAGCGAACUAAUCGCUCCACAUCGGAUUCCGAUUCCAGUUCGGACAACGAGGACGACAGGGCAUUUAGAUCGGCGGGAAAGGCAUUUCAGCGUGACUUUUUAUCGCAAAUCACCGGUGGCAAAUCACGGCUCACAAGGGAAUCAGAUUCUGAGUCAGACCAUGACGUCGGUAAAACGUAUACCUCCUGGGUGUUCGAUCGCGCUUUUAGAUGA